GCGGGCAGAAGCAGCGCGUGGCCAUCUGCCGGGCCCUGGUGCGGAACCCGCCGGUGCUGCUGCUGGAUGAGGCCACCAGUGCCCUGGACUCGCAGAGCGAGCGCCUGGUGCAGUCGGCACUGGAGGCCGCCCGGCAGGGCCGCACAUCCAUCGCUAUUGCUCAUCGGCUGUCUACCAUCCAGGACUGCGACGUUAUCAUCGUCGUGUCCGAGGGUCAGGUCGCGGAGACCGGAACCCACGCAGAGCUGAUGCAGGCGAAGGGCGUCUACUACAAGCUCCAGCGUGGUCAGAAGGAGUGA